ACUGUCAGUGGCUUGGCGAGCUCACAAGGUGCGUGGCCAGCAAAGAGGAAGGACGCUCGCCUUUCCUCCUCUGCGCCUUUGGAGAGAUUCGCCUCUUCCUCUUCUCUUUCUACCUCUCCUUCUCUCUUUCUCUCUCUCACUCCUUUUCUCAGACAUGCCCAACUUUGCCGGGACUUGGAAGAUGAAGAGCAGCGAGAAUUUCGACGAGCUGCUCAAAGUCUUGGGGGUCAAUGCCAUGCUCCGGAAAGUGGCCGUGGCUGCGGCCUCCAAGCCGCAUGUGGAGAUCCGUCAAGAUGGGGACCAGUUCUACAUCAAGACCUCCACCACAGUCCGCACCACCGAGAUCAACUUCAAGAUCGGGGAGAGCUUCGAGGAGGAGACGGUGGACGGGCGGAAAUGUCGGAGUUUAGCCACUUGGGAGAACGAAAACAAGAUCUACUGCAAGCAAACCCUUCUGGAUGGAGACGGGCCCAAGACGUACUGGACGAGGGAACUGGUGGGCGAUGAGCUCAUUUUGACUUUCGGGGCUGACGCCGUUGUAUGCACAAGAAUUUACGUAAGGGAAUGACACAAAGGGGGGAAACCCGCAAAGCCCGCCCACCGUUGGGAGACGAAACGAAGGGAUUACGAAGCAGAUGUUGUGCGGAGAAAAAUAUGGAAAACAAUAAUAAUAAUAAUAAUAACCCUGCAUAGUAAACAUCCGAAGAUGCGUCUCGCAUAUGACCGUAUGUGUCGUCUCCAAUCCCAGCCGACCAGCCCCGAAUCUCAGGCCGUUUCUAUUUCUCUCCUCUCCCCAUUUUGGGUUAGAAUUGUGUGUGUGAGUGUGUGUGUAUGUGCGUGCAAUUGUGUGCUUCCUUUGCCCUGCCCUGAUCUCCUCUUGUUUAUGACUUAUUUUUUGCAUUUGGUAGGUGCAAAUGUGUAUGAUGUCAGCAACCAUUAAAUUUAUUGCCCUCAA